AUGGCUUCCACGACACACUACAGCUUAAUCUCAACACCCCAAGAAGAACACGAUACAUCCACAGCCAUCAAUUCAUCUUCAUCCUCUUCAAUAGUCCGAUUCGGCACUCCUGAAGCCCUUGAACCGGUUCGGAAACUCACCGAUGUGGGAGCCAUGACUUGUCUCCUCCACGAAUGCAUUGCCUACCAACUAGCCUUGGAUCUUGAACUAGACAUCAUUCUCUCCCAACGCUCCGAUCUGGACAAACAACUCUCCAUCCUCCACAUGCGAUCUCACCGAUCAGGACCACCCGACGAUCCUUCAUUGGGUGAGGACUACACUGAUUAUAUGGUGUCCAAGAUAAGAGGUUUGAGUUCAGUUGAUUCGAAAUUACUUCCCCGAGCAACCAGAGCUUUUAGGAGUGGAAAUUUCAGUAAAGUUGUUCAGGGCAUUACGGGUUAUUAUGUGAUUUUGGAGGGUUUCUUCAUGGUGGAAAAUGUGAGGAAGGCUAUUAGCAUUGAUGAGCAUGUACUUGACAGCUUCACAACGUCCAUGGUGGACGACGUGUUCUAUGUUCUACAGAGUUGCUUCAAGAAGUCGAUAUCCACUUCUAAUAUUAACUUAGUGAUUGCGGUACUGAGCAGUUCUGUGAGUUUGUUGGGUGGCGAGUAUAAUGAAGCAUUGCAGAAGAAAAUGAGGGAGCCUAACCUUGGAGUGAAGUUGUUCAUGGGUGGUGUUGGUGUGCAAAAGACUAGGACAGAGAUUGUGAUAGCUUUAAAUAACAUGGAUGUCAGUAGCGAUUAUGCACUGAAACUACAACAUGAGAUUAAAGAACAAUGUUUAGAGAGCUUUGCAUUCAAAGUUUCAGUUCUUAAAAGAGUAGACUAA